AUGGCCACGUCAGCCCCCCUGCGCAGCCUGGAGGAGGAGGUCACCUGCUCCAUCUGCCUCGAUUACCUGCGGGACCCCGUGACCAUUGACUGUGGCCACGUCUUCUGCCGCAACUGCACCACCGACGUCCGCCCUGUGUCGGGGGGCCGCCCUGUCUGUCCCCUCUGCAAGAAGCCAUUCAAGAAGGAGAACAUCCGGCCCGUGUGGCAGCUGGCCAGCCUGGUGGAGAACAUCGAGCGACUGAAGGUGGACAAGGGCAGGCAGCCAGGAGACGUGGCCCGGGAGCAGCCAGACACCAGGCUGUGUGAGCGGCACCGGGAGAAGCUGCAUUACUACUGUGAGGACGACGGGAAGCUGCUGUGCGUCAUGUGCCGCGAGUCCCGGGAGCACAGACCCCACACGGCCGUCCUUGUGGAGAAGGCCGCCCAGCCCCACAGGGAAAAAAUCCUGAACCACCUGAGUACCCUAAGGAGAGACAGAGACAAAAUUCAGGGCUUUCAGGCCAAGGGAGAAGCUGAUAUCCUGACUGCACUGAAAAAGCUCCAGGACCAGAGGCAGUACAUCGUGGCUGAGUUUGAGCAGGCCCGCCAGUUCCUGCAGGAGCGUGAGCAGCACCUGCUGGACCAGCUGGCCAAGCUGGAGCAGGAACUGGCAGAGGGCCGUGAGAAGUACAAGAGCAGGGGCGUCGGGGAGCUGGCCCGGCUGGCGCUGCUCAUCUCUGAGCUGGAGGCCAAGGCGCAGCAGCCAGCUGCAGAGCUCAUGCAGGACACCAGGGACUUCGUGAACAGGUAUCCACGGAAGAAGUUCUGGAUUGGGAAACCCAUUGCUCGGGUGGUUAAGAAAAAGACGGGGGAAUUCUCAGAUAAACUUACGUCCCUGCAGCGAGGCCUGAGAGAGUUCCAAGGGAAGCUGCUAAGAGACUUGGAAUAUAAGACAGUCAGUGUCACGCUGGACCCGCAGUCGGCCAGUGGGUACCUGCAGCUGUCGCAGGACUGGAAGUGUGUGACCUACAGCGGCCUCUACCAGGGCACUUACCUGCACCCGCAGCAGUUCGACUGCGAGCCGGGCGUGCUGGGCAGUAAGGGCUUCACCUGGGGCAAGGUGUACUGGGAGGUGGAGGUGGACCGGGAGGGCUGGUCCGAGGAGGAGGGGGAGGAGGAGGAGGAGGGCUACGGGGACGGGGACGCGGGCUGGGAGACGGAUGAGGACGAGGAGUCCCUGGGGGGGGAGGAGGAGGAGGGGGCGGGGGGGGGGGAGGAGCUUCUGGAAAGCUGCAUGGUGGGGGUGGCCAGAGACUCUGUGCAGAGGAAGGGGGACCUGUCCCUGCGGCCAGAGGACGGGGUGUGGGCGCUGCGCCUCUCCUCGGCGGGCGUCUGGGCCAACACGGAGCCCGAGGCCGAGCUCUUCCCGGCGCUGCGGCCCCGGAGGGUGGGCAUCGCCCUAGACUAUGACGGAGGCACCGUGACGUUCACCAACGCGGAGUCACAGGAACUCAUCUACACCUUCACCGCCACCUUCACGCGGCGCCUGGUGCCCUUCCUGUGGCUCAAGUGGCCUGGGACACGCCUCCUGCUGCGGCCCUGA